CAUUAUUCAGCAUGAAAUGCUCUAAGAUCUCGGUGCACGUCAUACAGUUGCUGCCGGUAUAUGCCGACAGCUUGGAACGUCUGGAACUUUAUGAGUACGACAUAGUCCGCAACUCGGCCAGAAAGGCGUUCACUACCGUCGGAAGCUUGAAGCACUUGCGGGAACUCAGGAUGUCCGUCCCCGAUCGAAUACCGCCCGGAACAGCUGCUCUGGCUUUUACGAAUGGAGGACUGCCACAACUGAAAGUGCUGGAUCUACCACACGGAUACGGUGUGGAAGAUAACACAGUAAUUGCCAUCAGCCACGGAUGUCCCGGUUUGCGGCAGCUCUCCGUCACUCACGCUACGAAGCUGUCGCCUGCUGCCUUCUCGGAGAUUGACCGUCUAGAACAUCUUGAAAUACGAAUGGAAAAACUGGUAGAAGCGGACCUUGGGGAAGAUCAGUUUGGAUUCCAGUUGCAGCCAGGUGUGAGCAGCAUCCUCAAAUUGUCAGGUUUGCGCUGUCUGACAUUCGAUUAUUCGGAUGUUACUGGAGAGCCUUUUGAUAAGUUUCCGGAGAAUCUCAUCAGUCUCAGGGAGCUGAGUGUCGAAGGGUGCCGAGGUGACCCCAGAGCCACAGACGGGCUGACCGAGCAGAUGCCCAAUCUCGUAAUCCGCGGCAAGAUCCACGCUGAGCUACAGCGUUUCUACUUCGAGGCACUCGAGGAUGUAGGGCCCGGCGAAGCAGACGAAGUGGUGGACGACCGUUCGGAGAGUGACGAAGACGGCGACAGUGAUAGUAGCGUCGGCGGCAGUGACAGUGAGAGAGGUUGAGAGCACUAUAUCUGUAUGUAUAAAAAUGAUGUGAAAUUUAUAGGAAAGUACAAUUCUCAGUACUUGUCAACAUAAGCGGAAACUGUUUUGAAGGAAUAUAACAAAUAAUUUUAGAAAUGUGUAGAAGAAACAGUAAUGUUGUUUGAAUACCUGCUGUAAUAAUCUGCAAUAAUGUUUGAUUCUUGUUGUAACAACAAUGGAUUCACAAUGAAACAAAUUUUUUAAAUGAUAAAAUGGCUACACAGAUCAGGUAGCAAUUCAUAAAUAGCACUGACAAUGUUUUUUUGCAGUAAGUCGAAUUUAAAAACUUCUUUGUUUUUAUAAACCUGUGAAACAAUAAUAAAUGAGGACUGCUACCUUGUUAUUUUAAGUGUUAAUUAUAUUUAUCAGGAUACUACUAGAUACCAUUUUUAAAUAUUAAAUUUCAUUUGGAGGAACCACUUUGUGAUUAAAAUACACGACAGACUCUUUUACGAAUGAACCACACAUCACUAGUGUAAUACUGUACAGCAUUUAUUAUUUGUUACACAAACCAGUUUUUGGCUGAUAAGUCACUGUCGGGUAUGAAGAUAAGUAAGUGGUAAAGUGAAAUUGGUUGGAUCAAAGAUUUUAAAGUAGUCCAUCUAAAGAGUAUUUCUGUUUCCAGAGGUGAAAAAAAAUUAAUGUUACAAGAAGGAACAAAUAAAGGAUUAUUUCAGUGUAAA